CCCAAUUAAGUUCAACUUGUUCUUUUGUAUAUGUUUUCAUUUUCUUCCUCAAAUUUUAAAGCUCUAAAUCUGUUCAUGUUACGGAGAUGAAGUUGUUACAGAAACCACAGCUAAACGCCAACUUCAAUACCAUCGUAUUACUAUUAUGCAGCUUUACUUUUGGCAUCUCACAUAUGUCCGUGCAUGUUAAGUCCCUUGCUGGCACUGAUGAUCACAAAUCAGACGACAGACUCGCGUUAAUUGCUUUUAAGAAUGAAAUAACUCAAGAUCCGCUUGGAAUAUUGAGUUCCUGGAACGAUAAGAAUAAUUCCCUUCAUUUUUGUGAGUGGAGAGGUGUCAUAUGUAGUCGCCGUCAUCCUAGCAGAGUCACUGUGUUAGAUCUUGAUUCCCAAGGAUUGGCAGGUUCCAUUUCUCCUCAUAUUGGAAACCUUAGCUUUCUUAAGGAACUCAUCCUCAGCAACAACAGUUUAAGCGGAGAAAUCCCAGAAGAAAUUGGUCAUCUUUCUCGACUGAAGGGCUUGGGUCUUGAUAAUAAUUCCUUGGAAGGUGAAAUUCCGCAAAAUAUCUCCCGUUGCUCCAAUCUCAUACACCUUAACAUUUCUGGCAACAAUCUUGGGGGAAGCAUUCCAAAUGAUUUUGGCUACUUGUCGAAUCUCAUAAUACUAAAGUUUUAUGAUAAUAAUCUUUCAGGAGAGAUUCCAACUUCAUUGGGUAACCUUUCAUCUCUUACUCUUUUAAGUCUCGGCGAAAACAAUUUAGAGGGAAAAAUUCCAACCACUCUAAGUCAUCUAACAAACUUAGUACUUCUGGGUCUAGGUCUGAAUAGAUUAUCAGGUAUUGUCCCUUCUUCACUCUAUAAUAUUUCAUCACUUGGAACAAUUGAGUUGAUGGAUAAUAAGCUCCAUGGAAGUAUUCCUUCUGAUAUUGGACUCACCCUUCCUAAUCUCAACUACUUUUCGUUUUCAAUUAACAAUCUCGCAGGAAACGUUCCAAGCUCAUUUUCCAAUUUGUCUAGGCUUGAAAUUCUACAACUAGGAGAAAAUAAUUUAGUUGGAUCAGUCCCUUAUGACCUUUGUAACUCAAAAAGUCUUACGAGAUUACAAUUAAGAGCAAAUAAUCUUGGAAGUGGACAAGCUAAUGAUUUGAAUUUCCUCGAUUCUCUAAUCAAUUGUACCAAUUUGGGGUUUAUUGGUUUAGAUAGCAACAAUUUUGGGGGUGUUCUACCUAGCUCAAUGGCCAAUCUCACAACAAAGCUUGAUACAAUAGAUUUCAGAGACAACCAAAUACAUGGAAAUGUUCCUGCAGGUAUUCAGAAUCUCGUAGGUUUAACUGCACUAAUUUUGCAAGACAACAUGUUCACAGGUAGUAUUCCUCCAGGCAUCGGAAACCUUCAAAAUUUAAGGAACUUAGAUAUACGAAAAAACAAAUUCUCUGGUUCAAUCCCUUCAUCCUUGGGUAACUUAACACGACUCAUCAACCUCUUUUUGCUUUUCAACAACUUAACAGGUCGUAUCCCAUCAAGUCUUGGGAACUGCACAUCACUGCAGAACUUGUCUCUACAAAACAACAGAUUAAGUGGUAGUAUACCGAAACAGGUUUUUCAACUCCCCUCAUUAGCAAAUUAUUUCAGCCUAUCUAAUAACUUACUUACUGGUUCAUUACCAGCAGAAGUAGGUAACUUGAAUAACAUAGGGAUAUUUGACCUGUCUGAAAACAGAUUAUCAGGUGAAAUCCCAAGUACCAUAGGCCAGUGUGUAAGCUUAAUUUAUCUAGAUCUGCGGGGAAACCUUUUUCAAGGAAACAUACCUCCAGCUAUCACUUCGUUAAAGGGUCUCGAAAGAUUAAGUCUUGCUCGGAAUAACUUGUCUGGUAUAAUUCCGAAAGGCCUUGAGAGUUUUACUACACUUAACCUAUUGGAUUUAUCAUAUAAUAAUCUAGAAGGGGAAGUACCAAAAGUUGGUGUAUUUCAGAACAUAAGUGCACUUUCGGUUCAAGGAAACAGUAAGCUUUGUGGUGGUAUACCUGAUUUGAAGUUGCAGAAUUGCUCCAUGCCAUUAAACCCAGAUAACAAGCGAAAACAGAGGAAAUCCAUUCCUUUGAAAGUUAUUAUCAUCAUUAUAGUGCUUUUCACUCUGCCCGUGUUUAUUCUCACUCUAUAUUGGAGAAGGAAGUCAAGAAUAAGACAGCCUUCGACAACUUCAGAUGUAGGCAACCGCUACAUCGGAGUUUCUUACAAUGAGCUAGUUAAAGCUACCGAUGGAUUUAAUGAUUCCACCAACUUGCUUGGUGUCGGAAGUUUUGGUUCUGUGUACAGGGGAAUUCUUCAACAAAAUGAAUUUAAACCUGUUGCAGUUAAGGUUCUGCACCUUCAACAAAGAGGUGCAGCCAAGAGUUUCAUGGCUGAGUGUGAUGCCCUGAGGAAAGUUAGACAUAGGAAUUUACUCAAGAUUGUAACUUGCUGUUCGAGUAUUGAUUUUCAAGGUAAUCCUUUCAAAGCUCUUGUUUUUGAGUUUAUGGCUAAUGGGAGUCUAGAGAAUUGGUUGCACCCGACAAUGGGUGUUGCAGACGAUGACGAUCACCUAAAGAUGAGGUAUUUAAAUCCUGAAAAAAGACUAAGCAUUGCAGUUGAUGUUGCUUCUGCACUAAAUUAUCUUCACAAUGAUUGUGAAUCCCCCAUUGUUCACUGUGAUCUGAAGCCAAGCAAUGUCCUUCUUGAUGAUUAUUUAGUUGCCCGUGUGGGUGAUUUUGGGUUGUCUAAGUUCCUUUCAAAUACUUCAAGCUCUUCUUGGCAGCUGAAUGAACAAGAUGCAAGUUCAAUUGCAAUAAAGGGCUCAAUUGGAUAUAUUUCUCCCGAAUACGGAAUGGGCGGCGAAGUAUCAACCAAAGGUGACGUGUACAGUUAUGGGAUUCUAUUGCUAGAGAUGUUUACAGGAAAAAGACCGACUGAUGACAUGUUCAAGGAUGGUCUAAACAUUCAUAACUUCUGUAAGAUGUACGAGUUUCCAGAGCUCGUUGAGGAGAUAAUCGAUUUGCGUUUGCUGUUGGAUGUAGAAGGAGGUAACGGAAGAGAUACGAUAAGACAAAUCUUGGCUUCAAUAAUUCAGAUUGGAGUGAAAUGUUCUUCAGAAACUCCUUCAGAUAGAAGCAGCAUGAAUGAGGUUACUUUGGAUGUAGAAGCGGUUAGGAAUCGGUAUCUUGAUAUUGGAAUGUAAUCAGCGAAAAGAAACCCUUUCACAAUUUAUGUAUUUGCUCUUUGUUUUCCGAAUCUUAGUGGAUUUUUCUUCCUGAAGAAA